CGCCUUCCAUGGGCACCGCGCUGGCCCGCAGCCGCCGCCGCGUGGCGGGCGCGAUGCCAGGAUGGGCCUGAUUUGGCUCCUGCUGCUCAGCCUGCUGGAGCCCGGCUGGCCCGCUGCGGACCCCAGGGCGCGGCUGCGGCGCGAUGCGGGCGGCCGAGGCGGCGUCUACGAGCACCUCGGCGGGGCGCCCCGGCGCCGCAAGCUCUACUGUGCCACCAAGUACCACCUCCAGCUUCACCCGAGCGGCCGCGUCAACGGCAGCUUGGAGAACAGCGCCUACAGCAUUCUGGAGAUUACGGCCGUGGAGGUGGGCGUCGUGGCCAUCAAGGGGCUCUUCUCUGGGCGGUACCUGGCCAUGAACAAGAGGGGACGGCUCUAUGCUUCGGAGCAAUACAACGCCGAGUGUGAAUUUGUGGAGCGGAUCCAUGAGCUGGGUUACAACACAUACGCCUCCCGCCUGUACCGCACGGCGCCCGGCGGGCCGGGGACCCUGCGACAAUCCAGCGCCGAGAGACUGUGGUACGUGUCCGUGAACGGCAAGGGCCGGCCACGCCGGGGCUUCAAGACCCGCCGCACACAGAAGUCCUCCCUCUUCCUGCCCCGGGUGCUGGAUCCCAAGGACCACGAGAUGGUGCGGCUGCUCCAGGACAGCCAGCCCCGGGCCCUGGGCAGAGGUGGCCAGCCCCGGUGGCGGCGGCAGAAGCAGAGUGGGGGACUAGCCGGGACUUGA